AUGGAUGUCAUCAGUAUAAUUUGUCUGGCUGUUGGCUCUAUGGGAAUCGUAGGCAACAUCAUCAACACUAUCGUCUAUCUCAACAUGGGUUUCAAUGAUUCAGUUAACGUCAGUCUCUUUGCUCUGGCCGUGUCUGAUCUUUGCUCCCUCCUGAUGUCGAUGGCCAGAGUGCCGUUCUACGCCCCUAACUACAAGAGCUCCUCUGAUCUGUUGAUGUUUGCGACACAGUUCCAUAUUCUGAUAGCCGGGUGGCCUCGUACUGUGUUCACAAGGAUCACUGCAUGGAUCACGGCCUUCACCAACUUUGAAAGAUCCAGCACGAUGGAGAAAGGAUUUACGUACGGCGGAGAAUACACCUAUACGUUUGCUGUGUGUAUAUUUUGUAGCGCCAUCUUGGAAGGCCUUAACGCAAGUUUCAACAUUGUAAUCUAUUUUAGGAUGAGCUCAAGGUACCGAGACACCUUCAACCGAAUAAUAGGCACAAAACUGAACAAAUUACUAACGCAUUGA